AUGCUUCCAAGUCCGAAACCCACGAGUGCGUGGAAGCCAUAUGGAAUAGUCCAUAUGCCUUGGCCAGGGUUGUUCGCGGCAUUGAAACGAGUCUAUUCGGAUUUCGGCGCAGUGGAUGAAGCAAGACAGAAUCGUCGGAGCAGGUCCGAGUCCCGACUUCAUCUGGAAAAGUCCAAUGGCCUCCAAGGUCGCAGCCUAACAAUUGGAGGUGUCGUUCUAGGUUCUCUUUCCAAUAACCCACCCCGGUUCGACUUUACGUCGUCCAUCACGGCUUCUCAACAGUCAACAUGGCUUCCCUCACCAGCUCCCCCAGCCUUGCGGCGAACACUUCAGCAGUCCCAUUCCGAGUUCGCGAUCCCGCGUGUCAACAGCGACUUCGUGCUCUUCGACCAGCCGGCCCAACGACCGCAGCGUGCACCCAGCGCUCCUCAGCUUCAUCCUACGUUUAACCUAGGCAACUUGUACCCCAAUUCUGCCCCGUCACCCACUGCAGGAUUCCAGCAGCCUCCGUUACAACAACAACGACCGAAACUACAACAGCGUCCGCCAGUCCCCUUGUUCUCCAGUACCACCAGCACUAGCACUAGCACUCAUACCGAUAUCCAACAACAACAACUCCACAUCGCUACUAUGGCAGGUACUACUCACCAUCUUCGCUCCUCCAUGAUUCAAAGACUCACCUCCCCUAUAGAUCUGAACACAAAUAACUCGUUCGACUCGAACCUAGGCGCCGGCCUCGGGCCCGCCUUUGCUUCGAACGAACUGGAGUGGGGUCUCACUUUCCCCGCUUCGGCGUUCACUUCGAUCAACGACUCUGCCGCGGAGUCGAUCCGCACAGUCUCUCCCAAGGAAAUCUUUGGAGACUCCCUUGGCUCUGCCCCGCACUCCACAGCGUUCACAAACUUGACCUCUCCCGAUAUUGGUGAAUCUCCCUACAUGAUCAACGACAGCUUCGAAACUUCUCCGCUGUUCAACCCCGCCGAUGGCCUUCAGGGAGGAGGACCUGAUACCUGGUACUCCUUGUUCCCCGAGCAGGAGUCGCAGUCGCCAGACAUCAAGAUCCCGGCGCCAGCGGCCCUGAAUCUCGAGCGCACCCCAAGCAGCCAGUCCAUGGCACGCUCGAACUCGUCCAGUGCGAACUCCCCUGCCAUCCUGGACUCGAGGAGGAAGUCGUCCGUCUCAAGCUCUCCAGUCAUCAAUGCUUCGAUCUCCAAGAGCCGUCGUCGAAGGGGUGUUCUCCCAGACAUCACUGUUGACCCCAACGACAAGGUCGCUAUGAAGCGAGCCCGCAAUACCCUUGCCGCUCGUGACUCCCGACAGCGCAAGUUUGAUCAUGUCAACACUCUGGAGAAGCGAAAUGCAGAGCUUGAGGCCGAAGUAGAGAAGUGGAAGAACAUUGCUCUUGCGCAUGGUUACAAUGGUGCAUAA